GGUUUCAAAGCAGCUAACGCCGGCGUGCGUCUGACCUCCCCUUGUUUUUUCCCAGAGUCCUGCCUGGUAUCGGGUGACCCCCAUUACUACACAUUUGACAAGCAGACUCACCACUUCAUGGGCAACUGCACCUAUACCCUCUCUCGCCUAUGUGACCGGAACAGCUCUCUGCUCCCCUAUUUCAACGUGGAAGCCAGCAACGAGCACAGAUGGGGCCACACGCACGUCUCCUACGUUGGGAGCGUGGACGUGGACGUCUUUGGCAUCCGGGUCACCCUGGGAAAGGGAGGAACGGCGAAGGUGGACGGGGAGCCGGUCGUCGUCCCCUCCAGCCCCACAGGGGGUGUGGAGAUCUUACCCAGCGGCUUCUACACGGUGGUUUCUACGAAUUUUGGGCUGAGGGUCAAGUUUGACGGAGACCACCAAGUGGAAGUGUCCCUCCCCAGCUCGUACGAGGGGGCGGUCUGCGGCAUGUGUGGAAACUACAACGGGGACCCUUCUGACGAUUUCCUCAACCCCCGUGGGGAACCAGAGCCCGACUCCACCAGCUUGGGCAACAGCUGGCAGGUGGCCAACCUCACCAGCUGCUCCGCAGGCUCUGCUCCCGUCUGCACGGAGGCCGAGAAAGACAUCGCCCGGAGCAACAGUUCCUGCGGACGCCUGACGGAUCCAAGCGGACCGUUCCGACACUGCCAUCGCAUCUUGGACCCGAUGGGGCAUUUUGCCGGCUGCCUUUAUGACCAGUGCGCCUUGCACCUGGAUCCAGGCUCCCUCUGCAGGAGCUUGCAGUCCUACGCAGAUGCCUGCCAGUCCCUGGGCGUUCCCGUAGAGCCCUGGCGCAACUCAACCUUCUGUCCCAUUCGUUGCGCGCUCAACAGCCACUACGAGCCUUGCGCCAACGCCUGCCCGUCCACUUGCGCGAACCCAAGUGCUCCGGCCAGCUGCAAUUUGCCGUGCGCGGAAGCCUGCGUCUGCGACCCCGGGUUCUCCCUGUACAAUGGCACCUGUGUGCCCAGCCAGCAGUGUGGGUGCUGGCACCAGGGUAAGCAUUAUCCAGUGGGCUCUGCGUUUUGGACCGACGACACCUGCUCCACCAGAUGCAAGUGCCUCAGUCAAGGUGGCCAAGUGACGUGCUCCGGCGAUUCCUGCCCAAAAGAUCACUACUGCGGAGUCCAAAAUGGUGUCCCAGGCUGCUACCCUCGUACGUACGGGGUCUGCCGCGUCCACAACGACCCUCACUACAACACCUUUGACAAAGAGACACACCACUUCAUGGGCAGCUGCACCUACACCCUGGUCAAGGUCUGCGCCAACGAGACGGGGCUGCACCACUUUAACGUCGAGGCCAAGAACGAGCAUCGCGGGAAUCCCUACGUGUCCUACGUUCAGCGGGUCCUGGUGGAGGUUUACGGGCAGCGGAUUGAAAUUCUCAAAGGAGACAGGGGCCGAGUGCUGGUGAACAAAGUGCUGACCAGCCUUUCCGUGCGCAUGCUGAACGACUCCGUGCAAGUGGGCAUCAGCGGACGCUACGUGACCCUAGAAACUAAUUUCGGGCUGACGGUCUCUUACGACACGGACCACUCGGUGGAAAUCAGGCUCCCCACCACCUUCUUCAACAAGACCUGCGGCAUGUGCGGGAACUUCAACGGCCGCAGGCCGGAUGACUACAUGAUGCCCAACGGAGAGCGAGCCCAGAAUUCCAAUGAGCUGGGACAGAGCUGGCAAGUUCCCAAUGCAGAGUACGACCCCCCCAAUUGUGGGGUCCAUCCGCCAAUCCCACCACCACCACCACCUUGUCCCCCCGAGCUGAGAAGUCUCUACGAGACGGAGGCCUAUUGCGGACAACUUACGAGUAGCCGGGGGCCGCUGGCAGCCUGCCACUCUGCCAUCAACCCCGAAAGGUUCUUCACCAGUUGCGUCUUUGACCUCUGUGCCUUGGAUGGGUCCCAGCAGGCCUUGUGUGGUGCUCUGGAGGCUUAUGCUGACACCUGCCAAAGAGCUGGCGUGGAGCUUCCCGACUGGAGGAACGCCACGUCCUGCGACUGGCGUUGCGCUGCUAACAGCCAUUACAACGUGUGCACCACUUCCUGUCCCGCCACCUGUUCCAGUCCACUGGCUCCAGGGAGCUGCACCAAGCCUUGCGUGGAGGGCUGUGAAUGCGACGAAGGCUUUGUCCUUAGCGAAGCAGGGUGUGUGCCGCGGGAGGACUGCGGCUGCCUCGAUGGAGACCAAUAUUACAAGAAAGGAGAGACGUUCUGGCUGUCGGAUUGUCUCGGCCGAUGUCGCUGUGCAGAAAAUGGCAGCUUGGUCUGUCACCCGGACAGGUGCAAAGAAGGCCAAGUCUGCAAAGUGCAGAAUGGCAUCCUGGGCUGCUACGUUCCAGACAAGGCCACCUGUCACAUCUACGGAGACCCACACUACGUCACCUUCGACGGCCGGCUCUACCAUUUCCAGGGUGGGUGCAAUUACACUGCAGUCGAAAUCUGCAGCAACUCCUCCCAGCAGUUCUCCGUGACGACUCGGAACGAACAUCGCGGGAGCCAGCACUGGACGGCUCUCAACUCGGUGGCCAUCUCGCUGCGAAACACCCACUUGGCUCUGAGGAAGAACAGAGAGGUCUACGUGAAUGGAGUCAAAGUGGAUCUUCCUCUGGAGCGACAGCCGGAGUUCCGGGUGGAGGAACAGCCUCCGUAUGUGGUUGUUGACAGCCCCCUGGGCUUUCUGGUGAAGUUUGAUGGGGAUCAAGAGCUGUUUAUCCAAGUGGACGAGAGAUACAAGGGACAGCUAUGUGGGCUGUGCGGCACGUACUCGGGCAACCAGCUGGACGAUUUCCAGCGGCCAGACGGGAUCCUGGAACAGGAUCCCAACAAAUUUGGCAACAGCUGGAGAGCGGCAGAUGACCAGUGGAGGUGUCUCCCAGAACCCCCAGUUCCACUCCCCUGCGACCCUGCGCAAGAGGCCGUUUUCGAAGAUCAGUGCAGAGUGAUUCUGUCCACAAACGGGCCUUUAGCAGCCUGCCAUUGGAGCGUCCCUCCCCAGCUGUACUUUGAAAGUUGCGUGUAUGACCAGUGUGCCACCGGGGGACAUCUAGGGCAGUUGUGCAAAAGCCUGGAAGCAUAUGCCGCCGCAUGCGAAGUCAAUGGCAUAGACCUCGGCGACUGGAGAGAGGAUACGGCCUGUGCAUGGAUAACUACCACCCCUGGAGAUUCCACCCUCAGCCCGACCUCUCCCUCCACAGAUAACGUACGGCCUUGCAACUUCUCCUGCUCCUUUGAGGAGGACUUCUGCUCCUGGACCCAAUCGUCCACUGACAGCUUUGACUGGAGACGGCACAAGGGCCCAACCUCCUCGCCGGACACAGGACCCUCGUACGACCACACCACUGCAGGGGGUUAUUUCAUUUACCUGGAUGGCAACGAUGCCAACUUUGGGGAUGUGGCACACUUGGUCAGCCCCACGUGCAUCCUUCAGAGGCCCCUGUGCUUCCGCUUCUGGUAUCACAUGUAUGGCGUAGCCCACGCGAUGGCGCUGCGGUUUUAUGUCCUCUUGGAUGAUGCACCACCUUUUCUGGUCUGGUCUGAAACGGGCAACAAGGGCAACCGGUGGCAGACAGCAGAAUUCAGCGUGGCUCACACAGGAAGGGUGAAGAUACUGCUGGAAGGGAUGCGGGGAGAAGACUUCCGCAGCGAUGUGGCCGUGGAUGACAUCUCUGUAGAGGAUGGUUAUUGCCUAUCAUGGACAUCAACCACCCCUGUACCUACCACCACACCGAUUCCUCUCAUCCGAGGUGAGUCUCUUUGA